CAGCAUCAUAUCACAUCGCUACACAUUCACAGAAGAAAUGUUUUGAUACAGUCCAGAGAAAUUUUAUGCAAGCUCGUGGUUUAGAUGAACACAUUAGUUAUUAAAAAUGUGUUUACACUUGUAUUGAAGUAAUGGCGUUUCCACAGCCGCGUCCUCUGGGCCCUCAGCUGCCGAAGCAUCUGCUCCGGACUAUAGACUGUCAGCAAGGCGCUGUGAGAGCUGUGCGCUUCAACGCUGAUGGGAAUUAUCUGUUGACAUGCGGCGGUGAUAAAUCUUUGAAGUUGUGGAGUCUCAGUCGCGGGACUCUCCUGAAGAAUUACACCGGUCACGGAUAUGAGGUGCUGGAUGUGGACUCCUCUUUUGACAACAGUCAGCUGUGCUCGUGCAGUUCAGAUAAGACCGUCAUCCUCUGGGAUGUGGCCAGCGGGCAGGUGACACGCAAACUCCGCGGACAUGCCGGGAAAGUGAACUGUGUGCAGUUCAACGAGGAGGCGACUGUGGUGUUGUCGGGCUCUAUUGAUGGUACGGUGCGGUGUUGGGACACUCGAUCCAGACGAAUGGAGCCGAUCCAGAUCUUGGACGAAGCUCGAGAUGGAAUCAGCAGUCUGAAGGUGUCGGAGCACGAGCUGGCAACCGGGUCUGUGGAUGGCAGAAUAAGGCGUUAUGACUUGCGGAUGGGUCAGCUUCAUGUGGAUUUCGUUGGAAGUCCCAUCACCUGUGUAUGCUUUAGUCGGGAUGGACAAUGCACGCUAAGCUCAAGUUUGGACUCGACUCUGCGUCUCAUAGACAAGAGCUCAGGGGAGAUGCUGGGAGAGUACACAGGCCAUGUAAACAAAGGCUAUAAGCUCGAUUGCUGUCUGUCUGAUAAAGACACGCAUGUUCUCAGCUGUUCGGAGGACGGUCAUGUUUACUACUGGGAUCUGGUGGAGGGCUCUCUGACUUUAAAACUGCCUGUUGGGAAAGCUGUUGUCCAAUCACUAUCGUUUCACCCUACGGAGCCCUGCCUUUUGACUGCUAUGGAAGGGCGUGUUCAGGUAUGGGGGGCGGAGCCUGAUGAUGAAACUGUGAAAGAUAUUAAAGCCGAGUAAUGGGCAUUGAAUAUCGAACACAUGAGCGGGACUCACGAGUCAUUAAAUGAGAAGAAAUGCCA